AUGCCAGCUGUCUCUGUACCGGAUUCCACUCUAGCCAUUCCGACUGGCGAUGCAGGCUCCCUUGCGGCGAUGGCUUGGGACAACACAUUGGGCGCCUUGCUCAUUGGUGUGAUGGCUAGCGGCAUGCUCUUUGGACUGACGUGCAUGCAAGUAUACACCUACUUCGAGCGGGCAAGCGAGAACGACGGGAGGAGGUUGAAACUUCUCGUGGCCUGCUUGUGGUUGCUUGACGCGCUCGACUUUGCGUUUAACUGUCACACGAUCUACUUUUUCCUGGUUACGAACUACACGAACCCGCUCGCCCUGUCAGGGAAGAUCCCAUGGAGUCUCGCGUUGCAUGUUCUCAUCACGUCCAUCGUAGACUUCCUAGUUCGUGCCAUGUUUGCGCGCAAGAUCUUCUCCUUGAGCAGGAAGUCCUUGCGGUUCGCUUUCACGGGCAUAUUGCUUGCCUGCUCCAGUCUUGACCUGGUGAUUGGGAUAAUCAUCACUGUCAAGGCCUUUGCCCUCCCUUCAAUCUUGGAUCUGCAACCUCUACAAACACUCUUUUACGUCAAUUUUGCCGCCGGGACUGGCAGCGAUGUGUACAUCGCCGUCGUGCUUUGCUACUUCCUCGCACGCGCCCGGUCCGGGUUUAACACGCGCACAGACACCAUCAUUGGUGUACUGAUCAAGUGGACCAUUCAGACAGGGCUUCUUACCGCCAUCGAUGCUGCUGCAGGGCUCGUCAUGGCGAUAGUGAUGCCGAACAACCUGAUCUUUGUCGCUCCGUAUCUCAUUCUCAGCAAGCUGUAUACCAACGCAUACCUCGCUGUUCUCAACAGUCGCGAGAGUCUACGUGAGCGUACCAUGAGUGAAGACGGCUUUGUCUCUGUACGCCUCUCACGACUGGGGUCUCCACCAGUGCAAUCUGCGGACACGCAGCAAUCCUCAAAGGGGCCGUUCGGUGAAGCGUUGCGGAUUCGCUUCGAUCAACAGACCAUCACUCGCUCAACGGGCAACAGGGAUGCCGAGGAAGCCGUGUCUCCUACGUCGCCUACCUCUUACGCAGAGAAGUGA